AUGCACUCAAUGCUGUCCAAGAUGAAGGCGAAUCUCGAGGAUGAUUGGACUUCCUAUGGAAUUCGAAUAGGUGCACAGGGAGAGGAAAUCACACCUCUCCACCUCGCGACAGUUACAGAAAAGAGGGUGCCACUCAGUGUCAAGGCAAUCAGCUGGAAUUCUACUAUGACGGAGCUCGGAAUUCUGGCUAAAUGCUUGAUGGUCUGUCGUGUGUCCUUGGCACCCCAAGCUCAAUCUGGAUGCAAGACAGAACUCACAAGGAGAAUGCUCCAAAUUUUCUCGGUUGACCCGUAUUAUGUCGACAACGUUUCUGGAGUAACAGGUCUACAACAUUGGAUUUCAGUUCAAUCCUUUUGCUGCAUCGUUGCUGCGUUGGACAGGUUUUUGAGAAAAUGCCCAAGACAUGAGUUGGAGAGACUGAGAGCUUGUACCCUCGGUUCCCAGUAUAAAGAUUGUGUAAUGAUAGGAUCUAUCAAUCAUGUCGCCCGUACAUUGAGCACCACUCCUGGAAGAGUCUUCAAGUACAUUUUCAACAGGUAG